UAAACAUAUCGUAGAUAUGAUACUUUUGGGACGACGAAGGUCAAUAUUUAUUUAUUUAUUUUCACGAGGAACGUUCGUCAUUAUCAUUUUGUUUUGUUAUUUUAUUUUGUAGGACAAAAGGUUCUAUAAAAUGAAAUGUUAGAUCUAUAUAUAAACACCUUGUUCGUUCUUGUGACCUUAGUUCGUCUCGUAACGUCGUAUAAUAUCCGAAGGUUCCUCUUCUUCCUUUCAUUACGCAUUUGGUUCUCGAACGUUAUAGUUUACGUCGUCGUAACGUAUGUAACACAAUUUUUUCGCGAUCGAUCCGGUACGUUUUACAAGCGGUCAAUCGCAAUGUGCACAGUUGGUAUCCAGUCGGGUAUCUGAACCGAACUCGUCCAAUCAAUUAAAUUAGCGGUCACGAUUGCGGCGGUAUUCGUAUUUGUUACUUACCGCAUUGGUUCAACCGAAUGUUUACAGAGAGUUUUCAUUGAUCCUCUAUAAUAUUUCAACGUACGUGGCUACGACGAAAGUAUCGUCUUUUUCUCUCUCUCUCUCUCUCUCUCUCUCUUUCACACACACACUCCUUUUUGCUUUUAAUUAACAUCCAUUCUCUUGUUCUUGAUAAUAAUCGAUGAAUCUUGAAAACAAUAGGGAAUCAGCGAGGACGAAUAAAAGAGGAAAGAAAGAGAAAAGAACAAGAAAGAGAGAGAGAGAGAGAGAGAGAGAGAAAUACGUAUAACAACAUGUAGAAUAAGUAAACAAAAGGCACGUUAUUCGAUGAUUAGGAAGGUCAAUCUUUGGAAAAGUCGCGGUAAAAGGUCCGUCGUCGCGCGAUCUCUCGCGACACGAUUGGCAUAGGACGAAGGCAAGGGUGAAGAGGGUGUAAAGAGGGAGGAAGGGUGGCAGUCGAGACUAGUGCGCAAGCGCAAACGGAGGGAUUGGUCGUCGUGCCGCCGCGCCGGCCGAGCCCGUGGCCGAGCGUCAUCGGCAGUCAUCGGCGAACCGCGAUUGAACUCUCGUCGACUCCUUGAUAGGGGUAGAGAGCGAGAGAGUAAGAGAGAGAAAUAGAGAGAAAUAGAGAGAGAGAGAGAGAGAGAGAGAGAACGAGAUAGACAGAGAAAGAUAGUUAGAGAGAGAGAUAAAGACAGAGAAAUAGACAGAAAUAAAGAAAAAGAGAAAUAGAGACAUAUAGAAUUAAUAGAUUUAAUAGAGAGCAUAGUUGUUCCUUUUUUUUCUUCUUUUUUCCUUUGCCCGUUAGUGAUUUAGUAAAGUACGAACGAGGAAGAAAAGAAAACAGAAAAUGAGUCAUCCUUUUCGAGGAAAUGUUAAGCUCCAGCUCGAGUAAAUAUUAGUAUUGUUUCGUUCGAUCGUAUCAGGGAGAAGGUUAGAAGAAAAUCGAGAAGGUCGUCGUUUUAGUAUCGCGCGAAUCGUCUUCUCGUGUGUCUCGUGCUGAGACUUCUCGCGUAGGUGUGGUGUGUGAAAAAGGAUUUUCUGUGACGAAGAACGAGUACCAACGAUCGUCGAAGCAACUACUACCUACGAUAUAUUACCUUCGUUGUUGGACGAGGACGAGGACGACGACGUCGACGUCGACGUCGACGACGACGUUGCCGUUGCCGUUGCUGCUGCUGUUGCUAUUGCUAUUGCUGUUGCUGUUGCUGUUGCUGUUGCUGUUGCUGUUACUGAUGGUGUUACGGCUAAUAUAGGAACGUGCACCAAGAGACGUCGUUGUACCAGGAAGGAAUUGGACGUUGGCCUUGCAUCCAGAGAUUGAUGAGCGUGUAAAGGAGGACACGGAGUAUAUUGGCAAAACGCGUCGCGCGCACCACUCUCGACGAAUGGGAAGGAUCCAAUGAGAGGAGGAGCCAUCGCCGUAAGAAUUCAAAGUCAGGAUAAAUAUGUUCUUCUGGAUGACCGAAUAACCAUUGGAUAAACACAACGAAGAUGAAGCGGUCAUUGGUGCUGACUUGCUUUCUGCUGCUCCACUCCAGUAUCCUGGGUGCACCACGGACAGGCUGCAAAUUUCCAGAGGAGUGGAACGGACGGUGGUUUCAAUCGGGCAAUCCAGGCCUCGUGACCGUCAAUGGAUCUAUCAUAUCCAACAAGGGUCAUUGCAUCGAGGUCAAAGACGACGACAAGUUCCUCUUAUACGAUACAAAAGAGGGUUGCUACAGGUGUAUGGUCAUGCACGAAAAGCAUCCAAACGUGUUGCAGUACAAAGAAACUUAUUGCACGAUCGAAUCGCCGGAACCAAGUCUCGAGAUUAUUUGCAGUUACCUCACUAGCGACGCCAUCUUGAUCUCCCUCUUUCGAACGGGAGCAGCACCCUUACCAUGCCCCAUAAAGGGACCUCUGGAGUUCACUUACAGUCAGGGAGAUGGCGAGUGUAAUUGGCCUCUCUCCCGUGCCGAAGUUUGCACGCAAGAGUCCCGUUUGCUUUUGCGUUAUCAGGCUUGCGCCAAUGUCCGUUCCUCCGAAAGCGUAGACGUCCAAUUGGAAUGUUUGGCGACCUGGAGAGAGGGCAGUACGAACUACAUGGUGGCGCGUUUGUACGGUGAUCGUAAGACGAACGACGAGGAAAGCUACAGGUGUUUUAUAUACACCAGAGGCUCGAACAACACGUGGCACAUGGCUCAAAGCGGAGACGCCACUUGUACCGGCCUUCUUAGCAUCACGGAGGCUGCGAAGACAUUUAAAAUGAAACAGAAAUACAUGACCGAACGGUGCGCAUAUCCUUCGUGGGUAGUAGCACCGAAGUCAUGGGUGGCGUUGGAUCGAAUGGCUUCACGUCUCUUAGCCUCGACAUAUAACCUGACGAUUCUCGAUCGAAACGAGACUCGAUUAGCCUGUCAUGCGAUGGUACCGAUCGAGGAUCAUCAUCAUCAUUACUCGUCGGCGACGCAUACUUACGAUCAGAUGAUGUUCGUCGCCAAAGCUACACGUGACUGCAAAAAUGGUUACGUUUGCAUCAUGUUUCAUAAAAGGGACGAACACGUGAUAGAGAUGCAACUAUCAAAAUGGAGCCAGCAGCCGGACGACGUGUGCAACUCGAGUACAUUCAACUCUCAUUCGACACCGUUCACGACGUUCAUUACAUCGGAUCCAAUGACAAGACAAUGUCCGUAUCUUGGUCGUUACGAAAUCGUUUCCGUGAUGCACUGGCACAGCGCCGACAACGUCGAGGAUACUGUAGGAGUGGACGGUGAAGUAAGCAUAGCUAACGUCGUCGAAGUACAGGACGUUAGAGUGACGUCGACACCGUUCCCAAGGCGAUGCCAUCACGAGAGAGUUCGUUGGUUGGACAUAGGAUGCAGGACGCCCGAUCGAAUGGAGUUUGCGACCUCCUGCAGCGACGAAGCUCUAUCCGAGUAUUUGUGUCACGGAACCUGGAUCGAGAACGACACGGCUUACUUGGUGGCGAGUACCGACGUCGGCCGUUAUUGCCUCGUUUACAGUGCAUCCGCUGCUACGACCGGAGAUAGAGAACUUUCUGUGACGGGUCAUCUUGCAUCAUGUCCGAGAGCCUCGCAUCGGCAUCCUGUCUCUUGGCAGGUUAACCUCACUUCCUACGUUCAAUGCGGCGACAUCUCGUCUGCGUCGUCGUGGAGGUCACACGUGUCCUCCACUGUGCUCCUCAUCGUCCUCAGCGGCAUCCUCUUUGGCAGAUACAUCGCGAGGUGAUGCCACUGAACUUUGAAGCGCCAUACGCGAGUGGCUGUAUAGUUUAAAGGAAGAAAAUCUUUUCGAUGGACGAUGUGACGAAUUUCUAAAACGAAUGAAAAAUAAAAGAGAAGCGGAAGAGAGAGAGAGAGAUAGAGAAAGAGAAAGAGAGAAAGAGAGAUAGUUAGAGAAAGAGAAAUAAAGAGAAAGAAAGGAGAUAGAAAAAGAGAGAAAGAGAAAGAAAGAGAGAGAAGAAGAAAACUAAGUAAACUCGCGAGAAAACACGAAGGAGAAAGUAUAUCUAAUAAUCGAUUUUUUUAGAAGUUAAGCGAUAUUCGUACUUCGUGCAUCGUAAGAUAAGAGAUAGAAAAAAAAGAGGAAAAGAAGAAGAAGAAGAAGAAGAAAAUGAAAAGCAAAAAAAUAAUAAACAAUGCAGAUAAAGAAAAAAGAGACCGCGUGAAGAACGUGGACAAGAAACUGUGUAUAAAUAAUUUAUUUAUUUAUUUAUUUAUAUUUAUCGAUAACUCACUAUCGCUAUUACUACCUUAUCUAAUAUUAAUACUCUUAUCACUAAUAAUACUAUUGCUAUUACUUACGAUAUAUUUAACAUCGCUACGAAUGUGGCAGACCGCGGAACGACGAUGCAGCUAGCUACUCUUUGCCGGAUGAUUGAUCGAAUAACGAUACGUUCGCACAACGAGCAAAAGGAAAAAAGAAAACUACGUAUCCCCUUUCUUCUCUUUCUUUUAUUUAUCUCUUUCUAUUUUUCUUUAUUUUUUUUUUAUUUAGUUUCCUUUUCUUUUCUCUUCUUUUCCUUUCCUCUUCUUUUUCUUUUUUUUUGUUUUUGUUUUGAUAUCUCUACCGACGGUGUAAGUGAAAAAUUCGAUAUCCGUACGUUCGAUUCUCUUUAUCAUCGAUAAGAGAGAGAGAGAGAGAGAGAGAGAGAGAGAGAGAAUUCGUUAUAUAUAACACGAUUUACUCAUCAAUAUGAUUGAUUCCAGAUCGUAAACUAUUAAAUAGAACAGUGGUUUUAAGAUUUGCAUUAUUGAUGAAUUGAAGUAAAAUUAUAACGAGAGGGAAAGUUAAUACGUUUGGGAAUAUAAUAACGAAAAUGAAACGCGUUUGUCUGGAAUUAACGAAGAAUUAUAUACGUAUUUAUUUAUUUACACGCUAAUUAUAUGUAUAAGUAUUAACGAUUAAAUAUACUUAAGUAAGUAUAUAGGCACGUAUAUAAGUAAAUAGUUACUGUCAUUAAGUGUAUCAGAGAAAGAAUGGUAAAAACGAAAGUAGAAAGGAAGAUGAAUCGGCCAAACUCGAAGAUCUUGUUGUCAGCGUGAUUUUAUUUUCUUCUCGCUCGGUGUAGAAAAAGAUGAUAAAGAGAAAGAAAUAGAGAUAGAGAUAGAGAUAGAGAUAGAGAGAAAGAGAUAGCAAGGGAAGGAUGGUAAACUCGAUUCUGGUUUACUCCCAGUUCACUUCGAUUUCACUCCCACCGGUAACGCGGUCAUAUAUUCCGUGCUCAUACCCCUUGUUGGAAAUCUGAUUUUUCCGCUAGGUUACGAUUUGCUUCUACUCCCAUAGUGGUAACUUGCACGAGUAACUUCCCUUUCGUAAUUUCGUAGCAAUUUCGAUCGGCAUAAAACACACAUUAUACUAUCGUGUACCGUCUGGCGUGUCUGUAUUUCCUUCUUUUUUUUUGUAUGUUUCUUUUUUGCUUUUCUUUCUUUCUGUCUCUCUCUCUCUUUCUUUCUCUCGUUUUUCGAGAUACAGAGAGCAGCCUCUUCUUUCGCAUUGUCGACGUAACGCGGAGAUAAAAAUUCAUUCGUAAAGGAGAGAAAAGAAAGUAAAGAGGAAAGAAUAAAAAAAAAAAAAAGAAAAGAAAAUCCGAUAUUAAAAAUCGAACGUCGGAUAUCAGAAAUCUAUGUAUUUAUAUUGCUAUAAAUAAAUACGUGCAUACAUAUGUAUGUAAGUGUAUACAUUUGCAAAGGGAAAAGUUAAGAAACAAAGUAAUCGUUCGCCCAUUUUUAUACGAUAUUCUUUAUCUUUCGAAAUAUAUAGGUUGAAAGUAAAAAUAGUGGAAAGAGAUGGUAUGAUAUAUGAAAUAUUAUUUCAUUAUUCUAUUUUUAGCUUGUACCUGUUAUAUUUCGGAAGAUAAAGAAUAUAUAAAAAUAGAUGGACGAUUAUUCUGUUUCUUGACUUUUAUCAGCAAGUAUAUAUAUAUAUAUACAUACAUAAAUAAAUACGUAGGUACGUAUUAUAUAGGUAUAUUUUUGUUACUCUAUUCGCCUUCUAAUCGAUCGAUUUCCUCUAAGAUAUUAUUUGGCAAGGAUCCAUUCGGUUAAGUUUGAUUUGGUUUGCUUUUUUCCUUUCCAGUUAACAUUAAUUACGAUUCUUAUUAAAGAAUCGCACUAUUUUUGAAAAUAUUCGUUCUGAUAAAAAAUAGAUCGAGUGAUGCUAUUCUCGAUAGAAAAGGAAUAAAAAAGAGAAAAAAAGAAAGAGGGAGAGAGAGAAAGAGGAAGAAUGAGAGUGUGAAAAAAAGAGAAAUAGAGAGAGAGAGAGAGAGAGAGAGAGAGAGAGAGAGAGAGCUCGAAAGGAAUGAAUCGAGAGCGUUGUGUUGAACGUACAGAAUGUUAUAUAAAACGAUGUAUUAUAAAAACAAGGGUGCUGGGGCCAAUAUUACGUGAAUGCGUUGAUAGUCGACCGAAAGUGAGAAAAAGCGAGAGAGAGAGAGAGAGAGAGAGAGAGAGAGAGAGAGAGAGAAAGAGGGAACGAAUGAGUGAGAGACAGAAAGAGAGAAAGAGAGAGAGAGAGAAAGGGAUCGUUUGCACUGUGUGUAUGUGUGUGUGUAUGAGUAUAAAAGACAGAGAGAGAAAAAGAGAGAGAAAUUGAACGAGAGAUUGAACGAGAAAACGACAAAAGAGGGAUGAUGAUGACGAACGCGAAAGAAAUUGAUAUAAUACAUAUUUAAGUGUUAUGUAUCUGCCACAUUCGCAGUUUUCGAGUGACGACGACGAUAUCGUCUCGUUGACUCUUCGAAGGAAAAGAGAUGGAGAAGGGAGUAAAAUAAUUAACGAGUUCGAGUGUACUUAAUCCGCGCUUCAAUUUAGAUUUUGCGAUUACUGUUGUAAAAAAAGAGAGAAGGGUAUAGAUAAAGAAGAUAGGGGAAAUCGAUCUUCGUUCAAUCGCUUGUUGUUCUCCUUUUUUUUUAUUUUUUUUUUUUUUUUUACAGAAUCUUCUUUUUUUCUGUUAUAUUUUUUUUAUUUAUCUUGCUUUCUUUCUUUUUUUUCUUUCUAAUCACCGACUUUAGUAAUGAAGAUUUACAUAUACGGAAAUAUGGUAAAUAUUAUUAUUAUUUUUGUUAUUAACAUUUUUUGUAUUAUUAUCUUUGUUGUUAUUAUUAUUAUUUUUUUAUAAUGAUAAUAAUUAUUAUUAUUGUUGCUGUUUUUAUUAUUGUUAUUUUUAUAGGACGAAAGCGGAGAUCUUGAAUGGCGUUUCUUUGUACGAGUAUUAAUGAUAUAAGCGGUUUUAAAGAUAUAAAUAUAUACAUAAUAAUAUACAUAUACAUAUAUAUAUAUAAAUAUAUAUAUAUAUAAAUAUAAAUAUAAAUAUAAAUAUUAUUAUUUACGUGUAUAAAAAUAUUUUAAAUCGUAAGUAAGUUAUCUGUAAAAAUUAAGAAUGCACCUUUCUGUAUAAAUAAUAAUAAUAAUUAUAAUUAUAAUUAUAAUAUUAAUAUUAAUAAAAACAACAAUAAUAUUAAUAAUAAUAAUAAUAAUAAUAAUAAUAAUAAUAAUAAUAAUAAUAAUAAUAACUACAAAAAGAAAAAAUGAAAAAAAAGAAGAAAAAGAAAACAACAAAACCAAACGAAACUGAAAUGACUCGAUCGUACGUACAUAAAAAUACCUACAUAUUAAAAAUAUAUAUAAUACGGCCGAUAAUUUAAAAAACAAAAUAAAGAACGAAAUUCUUUGUUCGUUCUUCGAACAACGACAACAAUAACGACGACGACGACGACGACAAUGACGACGACGUUGACGACGACGACGACGAUGACGAUGACGACACGAUGAUAUUAGUUUCGAUCGUCUGCCGUUAAUCUCGAUUUGUCAGGAUAAUUUAUAAAACGACAUAUCCAUUGUAUGUACGUACAUAGGAAAGAAAAGAGAAAGAGAAAAAGGAAAUGAUAUGUAAUAUGUCUCGUAUAGAAAAGUUUAGAACGACGGGCGAUCGUUCUUGAACGAGAAAAAGAAUUCGUAGCCGAUUUGUAAAGAGAGAGAGAGAGAGAGAGAAAGAAAGAAGAAAAAAAGGAAAAAAGAAAAUAAAAAGACACAAAAAAAAGAAACAAAAAAUAGAGAAUGCGUGCGAGCGCGUAUCCGUGUGUAUGAUAUGUGUGUGUUUGUGUGUUCGUAUGCAUGUAUGAAAAAGAGAGAGAGAGAGAGAGGGGGGGCGAGAAAUAGAAAACGAUUACAAACUAACAUAAUCGCGAAACGCGUUCAUUCGCGAAAUCACGACGAAGUAUAUGCAUAUUUUUAAGUGCGAUCAGUUUAAUUGAAACGCUAUAAAUAACAAUGAAUCGUCGAAAAAGAGAAACGAUAAAGAAGAAGAAAGAAAUGAAAAAAGAAAAAAAAAAAGGAAAAGAUAAGGGAAAGAGAGAAAAAAAAGAACAAGAAAAGAUAACGAUCGCAGUUUGUAGAUCGAAUAGAGAAUAAAAACGAAGUCGUCCGGCGAAGGAAGGAAAUGCGUUUAAAUGAAAGGACACAUUUUCUUUCGAAAUUUUCAUUAAGUAAACUCGAUUUUCAUUAAAGCCCGCGCGAAUCGACAAUUGGAUUCGAUUUGUACAUAAUAGAAGAUGUAGUAAAAAAAGAAAGAGAAGAAAGAAAGAAAAAAUAAAUAAAUAAGAAAGAAGAAGAAGAGAAAAACACAAGGAAAGAGGAAAAGAAAAAUCGAGUAGAAACGAUAAAUAAAGAACAACGUGCUUUCGACGCGCGUACGUUGAUCGUAGCACGGUCGUGUUAUACUAAUCAUUCCUGUAUAAAAAUAAGAGAGAAGAGAGAAAGCAAGAUGAGAGAGAAUGAAAGAAACUCGAUUUUAUAUUGAGAGAGAGAGAGAGAGAGAGAGAGCGAGAGAGAGAGCGAGAGAGAGAGAGAGAGAGAGAGAAUGUAGAUUUCAGGGUAUUUAUAUCGAGGGUUAUAUAGUUAUAUAGAUAUACAAGAAUAUUUAAAUUAUAAAAUAUAUUGCAAAAGAAAAGUAUAUAUAUAUAUAUAUAUAUAUAUAUAUAUAUGUGUGUGUGUCUGUAUAUAUAUAUGUAUAUAUAUACUAUGUUUUUAUUGUUGUAAAGUUAGAAAAGUAAGGACGAUCGAGUGUCGUAAACGAAAAAUUACGUGCAUUUCGAAAAGCAUCGAAGAACGAAAAAUGUGAUUCGCAUUCUACUAGUAGCACGAUCGCACGUAUUAUCUAUGUACGUAAAUACAAUACAAUCCAUUCGUAAAAGUUUGUGCUCCUAUUUAAUCGGAUGCAUUUCAUUCUGGCAAGAGAAAAAAAGAAAAAAGAUAAAUAACGAAAGGAAUAAUAUGAAAAGAAAGAGAUAGAGAAAGAAGGAGAAUUCUUUUACUUACCGGCUCGAAUUCGAAAAGAACUCUCGAACGAGAUAAUAGCAAUGUAAAUUGUGUAAUAUGCGAAUCGUCAUCGCUCCCUGUAAUAAGGCACAUAAAACUAAUAAGAGAGCACAUGGCUUUAUUAGCGAGAUAUCAUCGAUGCCGUUUUUAACCACGAAUCUCCCAAAUCCAUUACGAAUUUAUAUAUUUAUUUAUUUAUUUUAUUAUAUCCACGAGUUAGUUUGCGUCAGACUUCAAAUAUCUCUUCGCGAAUGUAAGACUACGAUAUCGUUUUUUAUCAAGGAAAGGAGAAAGUAGAAAGUGAAAAAAAAUGAGAGAAGACAAAAUAGAUAUUCCUUAUCUUUUGCAAAUUCAGCAUAAUAGGUAAAAAAGUAAAUAAAUAAAUACAGAAAGAAAGAAAUAGAAAAGAGAGAAAAAUAAAAGGAAAGAAAUUGAAAUGAACGCAAUGAUUCCUAAUUUUGAAAAAUAUUAUUGAAUCUAAUUAUCAUCCUGCUCGUCGUUUCGCGUUAAAUCUAGUCGAACAUACACGUGCAUAUAUAUAUAUAUAUAUAUAUAUAUAUAUAUAUAUAUAUAUAUACGUAUACACUCAACGCACGACUGCCAGUAGAACAUAACACAACGAUUAUCACCGUCUUCUAGUCUUAUUAUAGCAAAAGAAAGGGAAAAAAAAAGAAAAGAAAUAAAAAUGUGAAAGGUACGGAGUACGAUGAUCUUUAACGAUUUUCUACGUGGAUAUAUACCAGUUCGACGUAAUCACGAAACGAGUGGCAAAUAAAUUAAAAAUUUCAUUGUGAUCGCAAAGGAACGAAUGGAUGAUCUCGCCGAUGAAUACAUUUUUUACCGAAAAGUUAUAUCAGCUUUAUCUCGCAAACGAACUUCACGCGGACUAUAUUAAAAUAAAUAGAAACGCGCGUGUGUGUGUGUUUGCGUAUACGUAUGCGUGUGAGGAGAAAAGAGAGAGAGAGAGAGAGAGAGAACAAAAAUGCGUGUGUGUGAGAGAGAGAGAAAGAGAAAUGAAUGUUGAUAAAAACGUGUACGUGUCGUACGUAAUAUCGGUAAGACGGAGGAUUAAGAUUAAUGAAAAAAAAAAAAAAAAAAGAAAGAAAUGGAGAAAAGAUUAGGAAAAUUGGUACAAGUUUUCUGCACCGUCAGACUCGACGAUCUAAAGGUACUAUUAUACUUAAAAUGAGAAAAAAGAAAAAAAAAUAAUAACGACAACAAAAUCCACGCUUAAAAGCCACAAAAAAUCUGAAUACAUAAUGAAUGUUUUACUAUCGGAUUAAAAUAUUACGAUAAUACUUAUUAAUGUAAAUGGUUUUUCAUUAUUAUAUUAUAGAUGUUACUCAAUAAUAUAUUUACAAAUAAUAUUAAGCCAAA